AUUCACAAUGCUGCUCGUGCUUCGCACUGCUAACAAUUAUUGAUCGUGUGCAAGAAUGCAAUAAUUGUCUAAUUUCGACGAAUGGACGACGCGCGACCAAAACUAGUAAAGUGUGAAUUGUGCCAACGAGUUUCUUUGUGCUCCCGGCGCCAAAUAAUAACGAUGUCGCUAGUGGUAAUCUAAGAGCCCGAACCAGCGUCCCCCCGUCCUUUCCCGUUCGACCAAGCACGCAAACACGCCUUGAUAAAUUAGCGAACGUUCGAGUUCGAGUAGGAAGCCGAAAAAAACAAACAUUCAAUGGAGUAUCGGGCGGGGCUCCCCAUGCUGGCCAGCAUACUGUUGGCGACGGUGAUGGUGGCUCAACAACCAGUGGCCGCAGCGAUGCGACACUUUAAUGCCACAAUCACGACUAACCACCCAGCGGUUCUGCUCGAAACGUUACCACUUCACAACGCAAGUGGCGGUGUAAGUGGCGAGUACGUUUUCUCACAGCAGAACAACACAACUGACGACAAUACGCCAACGAUCUCGAUGGAUAAUCUCUAUCCGGCGCUCAUACAGUGCUUUGCCAUCAUCAUCUGUGGCUACCUGGCGGGGCGCCUCAAUAUCAUCAGUAACUUCGAGGCGAAGGGCCUGAACACGUUCGUCGGCACGUUCGCCCUGCCGUCGGUGAUCUUUCUUUCGCUGGCCGAACUCGACUGGAGCACGGUCAACUGGAACUUCCUGCUAUCGAUACUGAUCGCGAAGACGAUCGUGUUCUUCGCGGUCGCGAUCAUAUCACUGCUCGUCGCCCGUCCCGUCAACUAUGGCCGGGCGGGAUUGCUGGCCAUCUUUUGCACGCAGAGCAAUGAUUUCGCCAUCGGAUAUCCAAUCGUGUCGGCUUUGUACUCAAAACUACAUCCUGAGUAUGCGUCCUACAUUUACCUGCUGGCGCCAAUCUCUCUGGCGAUCCUCAAUCCGAUCGGGUACGUUCUGAUGGAAAUUUCCAAAAUUAAGGAGAAAAAUGCGCAAAACAAUGCAUCGUCGGAUGAAGAAGCGAAUCCUCCACCUACAACUUGCCCCGAAUUGGCCGCCCAGAACCGGCGAAAAAUCUUGAAGGGAAAGGCACUGGUCGUAAUUAAAACGAUCGAAUCGAUCUUCUUCAACCCGAUCCUCCUGAUGACCUUGCUGGGCGUGAUUGGUGGCCAGAUUUUCCCCAAAGGACUCCCCGUGUAUCUGUCCAGCGUGCUACGAUCUCUGGGAAACUCUUUCUCUGCCACCGCCCUCUUCCUGCUCGGGUUACGCAUGGUCGGAAAAGCGUCGACGUUGCAGGGCCCGGGUCUGAUUCUACCCGGUAUCCUCAUUCUGGUGAAGCUGCUCGUUUUUCCUCUCGUCACGCGCCAAACGGUGAAUAUUAUGAAUGCUGGGGCAAACUUUAGCGAAACCACCGAUCUGAGCACGUUCGGCUUUCUGUACGGAACGUUUCCGGCCGCCCCGGGGGUUUUCGUAAUCGCUUCCCAGUACAACCGAGAUGUAGAUUUGGUUGCAAGCAGCAUGGUGGCAUCCACGUUCAUCAGCGCUCCUCUGAUGUUCAUCUCGGCGAAAAUGAUCACCAUCACGAAUCUCACACCGGCCGACUAUUUGAACGAACUGGACAAAUUUUCCUUCGACAUCAGCAUCGUGGCGAUCGUGGCCGGCGUGUGGAUGUUGCUACUGUUUGCACUCACGCGCAAGGUGAAACGGAUGCCACAUCGCAUCACGUGUUGUUUGCUUAUUUCGCAGCUGAUCUGCAACGUGGGCGUUAUUCUGUGGUCAACACUUGAGCAGAACAGCCCGUGGAAGUUGUACCUGCAGUUUUACUUCUUCACGAUCGGUUGCUACAGCAGCCGACUGUGGACGGCCUUCCUUGCCAUCACGAUUUUGUUUCUGCAGUGUCGGAGUCUCUGUUUCGUGCUCAAGCUGUGGCCAGUGUUUAUUGCUGCCGCCUGGGGCCUACCGACGCUCAUGGUGUCCCUGCUGUUGUUUGUGGAUGGCACAAAUAUCACCCCGACGGAGAAACGUAAUCCCAGCUUCCAGUACGGUAAUGCCCAGGCCGCCAUAGCGGUAUUCCUGCUCGUGAUGUGUUUCAUCGUGACGGUGGGAUGCCUUAUCCUUCAUCAGCGCUUCAAGAAACGGCAUGAACGCUAUCUUACCCUUUCCCGGGAGGUGUCUUCACCCGACACUGAAACCGUCACCACAACGAGCUCCGUCGUGAACCUGUUGACGGGGAGCACCGGAAACGGCACGGUCGUCCACCGAAGGCGCCACUCGGUAACUUCCAGCGACGACGAGAUCCUCACGACCGGACUGUCCGGCUGUGAGUCGGUCGGAAAUGGAACGGGCUGCGGUGUGAACACUGGCAAUGGGGGCUGCUGUAGCAGCUCGUCGGCGACCGUACGCACGGUGGUGGACAUUGAAGAUCUAGCCAUCAACAACAGUAUUAAUAACGCAGACGUUGCGGGCGGAUCGGACGCGAUCCAAUCGAAUGGGAUGUGCUCGGCACAGUUCAACUGUCCAACGGCUUCGAAGCAGCAGUGCCAAUCGCUCAUCGAUCGGUACCGCGAACAGGCCAACGAUGGGCUGGAACCGCUCGAGUUUGACAAGACCGUCGAUCAGCAGCAAAUCCUACGCCACAUGGUGCUCCUCAUUCUGCUGCUCUGCUCGAUGUUUGUUGGCCUCUCGCUGUCGGUGUGGACGCUUAUCAUGGAGGGAAUGUCGGGAAUCUACGUGGAGCUGACGUUCCUCGACGCGUUCCUCAAUUUCGGCCAGAGCAUCAUCGUGCUGGCGGUCUUCAUCACCGAUACCGGCGAGCUGCUACUUCCGAUGAUGAAGUUCUGGCGGAAGGUGUGGUACGGUGCGAACUUACUUCAGCUGCCCAUCUGGAGCGAACUCAGCACCGAAACACGUCACAUCUGCGAUCAGUUCACAACGCACCAUUUGGAGAACUGUCGGAAGACGAUUGCGAAGGAUAUCCGCUGGCGCAUUAAGGUAUAUCGGCGGGUAUUCUACGGGAGUGCCUUCGUAGACUGGCUGCUGGAGGUCGGGUUGGCAAAGGAUCGUGCGGAUGCAACGCACUACGCCCGUCGGUUAAUCGAUGGCCGAGUCCUACGCCACAUCAACAACGUGUACCACUUUCACGACCGUAACCUACUCUACACGUUCUGUGAACGGCUGUAAGCGGGUACAUUGAGAAAGACUUGAGCUAGACGGUCUAUUUGACGUUGAUUGCUUGUCAUUCGAAAAACCUUAAACGCCGGUACAAACAACGCGACGGAAACCGCCCCUUCCCGUACAGCCAGUAUCGUGCGGCUUCUGUGGCGGAGCGAUAACGGGAAGAGGUGUUGAUUGUUUAAGGCGGUGUGGUUGCUAUUUUCGAAUCGGUUACCAAUCUGCACACUGACUUCAGAAGACCCGAAAAAAGGGCAACGCAAUAUGGCCGCACACUCUACACGUCGGGUCGAGAUAUUCAUAGCGGUAGCAAUUUUUUUAUGUUCAACUUUUACGUUGUUAGAUUUUUUUUUAUUUAGUUUAUACGGUUUCAUUACAUCAAUGGGAUUUUAAUCCACAAUUGUGAGUAUGAAGGUGUAGCACCUUGCCUCUGACCAACAUCAUUAUCCUUCGUGGAAGGCAUGUGAUAAAGACAUUUUUUUUGCAUUAAAUAUUGCUAAAAGUUUAGUUUGCUAGUUUGAGGCAGUCCAGAGAUAUAAGAGAAUAAUUCAAAGCCAACUCUGGAGAUCCGCAUGUGACAGUUUAGUAGGUAUGGUAACACAAAAUGAAAAAGUUAGUGAAAGGGUGGGAGUAGCAUGAAACAGAAUGCUAUUGCAUCUACAAUCAUCGAACACCAAAAGAGAUAAGCCAACACGUUGUGCUGUGGUAUGUGCAUUGAAUGCGUACAUUAGAAUGUAGUAGAAGGAAGAGUGGAAAAAAAGUAUUGUAACGGCAACGAAUAUUGCUUUAGUGUUAUUCUAAUAUGCCUCAAGUUUGUACACGAAGCACAAAUAGUUUUAAAAAAAAGUGUUGUAAUAUAAAUAGACCAUAUUUAUUGUAAACCAGUAAAUGGGAGAAUAUUCUCUGCCCUAACGCAA